CAUUCUCAACAAAAAUGUACAUUUAUGUCUGCCCAUAGCCGGAAGCUUACGUUAAACCCAACUGCCUCUCAGUUGCAAACGUUAGCUUGUCGUUAGCUAGGGUAGCCUGAGGUGAGCGGACACCAGCCUAAAGGAGUUGCUAUCACCUUAUGUUAAGAAAAACGAUGCUAUUAUGUUGCUUGUGUGAUAAUAGACCUAAACGGUGAUAAACUUUAUUGGAAUGUCGGUAUGUUCGCAUCGUGUUUGCUGUUUCACCGUUACCAACUGACGAAGGUUGGUGUGUGAUGGUUUAGCGAGAGACCAGUGUCCCCUUUUCAUGGUGUGUGAGUGGCGUCAUGUCAGGCAUGGAAGUCUGUCCCACCAUGAGCGAAAACCCACCUCCACCAGAGGUGGUGAACCUGAAGAGGCCGGGACGUGUGACCAACCAGCUGCAGUACUUGGAGAAGGUGCUGCUCAAAGUUCUAUGGAAGCAUCACUUCUCAUGGCCGUUCCGCCAGCCUGUUGAUGCAGUCACACUGAGGCUGCCCGAUUAUUACACAAUUAUUCAAAAUCCAAUGGACCUUGGCACCAUUAAGAUGCGCCUCCAGAACAAAUAUUACUGGAAAGCACUGGAGUGCAUACAAGACUUUAACACCAUGUUCACUAACUGCUAUGUGUACAACAAGCCUGGAGAUGACAUCGUUUUCAUGGCCCAGACACUUGAAAAGCUUUUUCUGCUUGAAGCUUCCAAAAUGCCCAAAGACGAAUGUGAAGUUGAAAAGGAACCAGUGAAAGGGAAGAAGAGCAAUGCUGCUGGUGAGUUCAAGUCAAGACCCCUGGUGUCAGAGGUCAUCCUCCAGCAGACUGUGACGGUCAUCCCGUCUGAUGUGCGUCACCCUGUGUCACCCAUCCAAAUCUCCGCUCAGAUGGAUGAAACGAUAAAAAAGGCUAUUAAGAGAAAACUGGACCCCACCCCCACAGCAGAGACGAGCAGCCUGGCGUCCACUGCAAACGACCCGCCGCCGUCCUGCGCGCUGUUGGUGAGGCGAGGCAGCGGGCGGCCCAUCAAAGUGCCAAAGAAAGACCUUCCAGCCUUCGAGGACAAGAAGUCCAAACUGUCCGAGCAGCUGCGGCACUGCGAUGCCAUCUUGAAGGAGAUGCUGUCCAAGAGACACUACGCCUAUGCAUGGCCGUUCUAUACGCCUGUGGAUGCCGUGGCUCUGGCCCUGCAUGACUACCAUGACAUCAUCAAGCAGCCCAUGGACCUAAGCACCAUCAAGAAAAAAAUGGACCAGCGAGAGUACUUGACUGCCAAAGAGUUUGCUGCCGACGUCAGGCUGAUGUUCUCCAAUUGCUACAAGUACAACCCUCCUGCCCAUGAGGUCGUCUACAUGGCCCGAAAACUGCAGGAGGUUUUUGAGGCUCGCUACACAAAGCUUCCACAGGAGCGGGUUGUGUCCAAAGGAGACCGAGUGGGAAGUCUAUCCACCGCGGGGAGUUCUUCCAAGAGCGAAAGUUCCUCAGAAGGGGAAAGUUCAUCAGAGGAGGUCUCCACGAAGCUCGCCAACCUGGAAGAGCAGUUGAAAGCAGUCAGUGACCAGCUGAGGAGACUCACUCAGGAUCCUCUGAUGAAACCCAAGAAGAAAGACAAGUUAAAAAAGGAAAAAAGAUCCAAAGAAAAACACAUCACUCCUCUCAGGGACAAAUCUCUGAAAUAUAAACGUAUUGUGGAGAGACAUGGCAAGAGCUCUUAUUGUCAUGGCAACAGAAGUAGUAUUCCCAGAGUAGCCAUGGAGUGCAGGGCUGAGACGGUACCUCCGACGCACCAGGGCAAGAAGCACCCCAAGACGGAUGCUCUGCCUGCAGACAAACUCUGCAAGCAGGGGAGCAUCAUCAAGGCUGAUCAGGCCACUUUGCCCGACACCGCCUCCAAGGAGCCUGAGCUCGAUGUCGAGAAGCUCAAGCCGGCGACGCACAGGGACCUGCAGAGGUUUGAAACUGCCUGCCGAAGGAAGUGCAACAAGACAGAGAUCCGGAAAAAGCUGGAGAAACACAUUGGAGUGAUGCAUUGUGGGAAGGUGAAAGAUGCUGGGACAUGCGAGGUGCUUGCAAUGCAGCAGCCAGCGGUGAAGAAGAAAAAAGCAGCAGCCAAACUGUCUCCUGACUUCAGCUGUCCAUCACAGCUCAGCAGCAGCAGCAGCAGCAGCAGCUCAUCGUCAACUUCCUGCAGCAGCAGCUCAUCCUCUUCUGACAGCAGCCAUUCUCCUGUGCUCAAAAUCAAGAAGAGCGCCAAAGGGUGGUGUCAAAAGCCAAAUAAAAAGGCUGCCAGUGGCAAGCAGACACAGGGGGGGCGCUCUUUCCCCUCCUCCGGUGUCAACGCUUGUCAUCCCGCUCCAGCUGUCUCGCUAAUGCAGACCGGAUGCCAUGCCACACGGCCUCAAGGCGAGCCGUGGCGUGCCGGCGGGAUGACGCUGCCGCCUCCAGACCUUGCCGCACUUUUGUCCCCAAUGAUGUCACCAGACUCACUGCUGGACUGGACCACCUCGAGAUUUGAGAUCUCCCUGCUGUCCCCUCUGAAGGACAGUCCACAGCCAGCCAAAUACGACACUGCGUCCAGUAAGUCAGCAAAGGAUUCUGACGUGACGACACAAUUUCUUUCCAACACAACACAAAGCACCGAAGAUAUCCCUGACAGUCGAGUGGUUGAUGUACUGUCUGUCCCGGAAAAAGUGCAGAAAAAGGACAUUGUUCUGAAAAACGCUGACUCGUGGGCUCGACUGGUGAGGCAGGCCGCCGGCCCCCCAGCGGCCAUCAAGUCGUCGAAGGAGAGCUUCGAGCACUUUCGAAAGGCCGCCAUGGAGAAGGAGGAGCGUGAGAAGGCAGUGAAGAAGAAACAGCUCAAAGAGAACAAGAACGAGCUUCCUGAAAAGAGCUUUUUAGGCCAAGCAGAUACAAGUCUUCCACCGUGCAAUGAAGACUUCCCCUCUCCAGGGACUGUCUUCACCGAGACAGCGCCGCACACGCCCACACGCGGCGAGCAGCCGACGUCUCCCGUGGAAACCCGGCUUGGGACCGCACAGGUCCCUGUGUGUCGAGAGCGGGAGCUGGCCCGAAAGAAGGAGCAGGAGCGUCGCAGACGGGAGACCCUGUCAUGCAUUGACAUGACCAUGCAGCAGGACAUCAUGACCACCUUUGAGCUGAACCUUGACUAAAAGGAAAGAAAACACUGACUUACUUGAAAAAUGUGCCUUUGGAAGGAUUCUGAUGCGUUGUCUCUGGGAAUAUGGAGCCAUGCCGAGCGUCUUGAGCGCUAACAUUUACGCUAUGAAUGUCUGCACUGCUACACUUUUGAGAAUGGGCCGAAACUGUUGUCUAUUUCACAUCUCAGGAAGUGCUCUGACAAGCUGUCCCACUGCUGGAAGCCAGCUGGAAUUUAGUUAUCUUUAUGGCAUUUCGUCGCCAUGUUUGUGUUAACUUAAAAAAUAAACAAAAAAAACUGCACGCACUUUGAAAUUUUGUUUACGAAGAAAAUGAACACUAUUUUCCAAAGAUCCUUUCUUACCCACUGUGUUCUCUUCUUCUGCAAUCUCUGCACUUUACAUCUUGUAUGUUCCACUUUGAAUAUGUUCAAACCAAGAGUGUUUUUCUUUGGCAUGUUUGUUUUUUUUACUGAAAAUAAUAAAGAUAUUAUC